UAGGAUGUAGUCUUGAAGAACUGCUGCAAGUGUUGUUCAUUUACAUUUACAUUUACGUAAUUUAGCAGACGCUCUUAUCCAGAGCGACUUACAGUUAGUGAGUGCAUACAUUUUUCAUUUGUUCAUUCAGCUAUUCACAAUGAGGUUGUCUGCUCUCCAUAUACUGCCCAGAAGAACGCGGAAAACUAUAGAGGAAGUGGAUACGGUUGGACCCGACCCGGUGGCAGCGAUGGCUAAUCUAUCGCCUGCAAUGCAGGGCAGUCCCAAAACUGUACAUGGGAGGUUUAGGCAUAAACUGAAAAUACCCAAAAUACCAGGCUUUAAGCGACGUCCACGGAUCCCCAAACCCAGCACCACCUGCAUAGUAGAGAGCAAUCCUCCUCCAACAGAGGUGGUUUUGGACUUUCUGGAGAACCUGAAGGAAAAUCGCUUGGUGGAGGCUUGCCAGCAGUUGCUCUUGCGAGAGGACCAGCUUUUUGGCCAAGAAACCAUGACGGCGGAGGGGUUGGGCUGGGUUUGCAACGAGGACAAGGAAGACACUCUCCAAAAAGACUAUGAAACCCUGCUGCUCCACUUAUGGAUGGCAGUUCACGCCACCUUCAGUUCCACACCCUCAGGACAACACAUAGAGAUACUUCGGAGCGCGGUGGAAACCAUAACUCUGCAGGAAGAGAAGGACCAGCAAUGGGAAGGGCGGCCCAAAGGCAGGAGCAAGGCCCCCGUGUGGCGGCCACACCAGUGCCGGCGCACCCACGACAACCUGCUUAAAAGAAUUGUGGAAUCCCGGAUGAGGAACGCGGCAGUGGAGGAGGACAAUGUCAGCGUUAGCAGUGCGGACAACCUGUCAACGUCCAUGAAAAGGGAGAUCUGUAGGAUGGGCAAGUGUCUGAAGGAGGACGUUCUCAGGGUGGCCAGGGACGUGAGGGACUGCUACCCACCAGACUUUGACGUGUGCAACUUGUACAUGAGACUUUACCAUCAGAUGUUCUCAGCAAGGUUAACUGAACUGGCCCGCUCUGGGCUCGAUGUGGAUGACUGUAAUUACCUCCUCUGCUGGGUUAACGAUUACUAUCCAAAUGACAUCUUAAAUCACAAAGACCUUGAGGGGCACAUCAACAUUGAGUCUUUGGGAACUCUUUUAUCUGAGAAGGAUCUCACAACAGUGGAGGAGCAGUAUCUACUACAAAAAGAGAGUAAAGUCAGGACCUGGCUCUCCAAUGCUCUCAGUAAGGAGGAGGAGGGUUGGCUCAGUGGAAAGAGUCCAGAACUCAUUGACGGGUACUGCUUCUCUCCUCUGGCCAUAGACGUCAUACAGGCUGUUGAUGGGUCCAUGAGAGAGGCCAGGACUAUUCUGGGUAGUGAGGCUAAAGCCCAGAGAAUCCUGUGUCAGCUGGACAGCUUCUUGAUAAGCUAUAAGAAAUCUCUUGAAGAAUUUGUGAAGAGGAGACGGGAGAACACUCAGGCAGUCGUGAAAGCUAACCUGGUUAGCAUCGAACAAUUCAGAGACUUCAUAGUGAGAAGAGAGGUGUCGAUCUCAGAAGAGAUCCAGACAAGCUGUAUGUCCACAAUGGCAGACCUGAGAGACUGUGGCUACGGAUACUUCACCAGUCCCAUACAUGAGGAGCUCAGGAUGCAGUACCGUAGGCUGUGGACACAGGCCUGGUUUACUGGGGGUCAGAUGGUACUGGAUGACCUUCUGGGGACGCUGGACAGACACAUGCAGCAAUUCACAGACCUCAAACCCAUUUGUAUGGAGGAGCUGCUGGGCCGGCUCCACAUGGAGAUGAUGGUGGAGUAUGUGAAGAGGAUGAUGAAGAGGAAGAUGAGGCUGAAGGACAAGGAGCAGCAGGAGGCAGCAGCCAAGUUACUGGCUGACAGCAGCAAACUGAGCACCUACUUUACUGAAGCGGGGUCCAAAAGGAGCUGGCUGAGUAAGGUCCUCCCUAAAAUUGCGGAGGUGGUCAGACUACAGGACCCAGGAAGCAUCCAGCUGGAGAUCGUCACCCUGGCUAGGGACUACCCAGACCUUAGUUGGAGGCAGAUCUCGGCCCUGCUCUUCCUCAAAGCCAACCUAUCCAUGGCUGAUGUUGAUGGCAUCAAAAAGAGCCUGGAAGAGAACCGUCCUACAGUCAACUCCUCCAAUACCAACCCACCAUUCUUCUCCAAGGUCCCAGCAGUCAAAACUUGGUACAUGCCAUCUUAAUUACGAAAAUACGUCAUAUAACCAGAUUACAACUAGCUGGUCUCUGUUACAACCAGGUAAAGACGUCUUUCUUGGUUGUUAUCUUGUCAUCUAACCAGAUUAUAAAGAGUCCUUUGCUUUCCAUAAAAUAUGUAAUAAUAAUGUCUUUGCAACUACCGUAUUUUCCGCACUAUAAGGCGCACCGGAGUAUAAGCCGCAGCAGCUAAAUUGAAUGAUGU